AUGGAUAAGCCUCAUGAGGUUCCUUCCUUAACUGAGGGAAGACGAUUAUAUAUGGUUCAGGGACAGAAGUUUGAGGUAGGUAAAUCUCAUAAACUUAUAAAGUUGGUUGGUUCUGGGGCGUACGGGUCUGUCUGCUCUGCUAUUGAUGAAAAUAGUGGAGAACGUAUAGCUAUCAAAAAGGUAUCUCGAGUAUUUUCUGACAUUAGAGAAGGAAAACGUAUAUUAAGGGAGAUGGACAUCUUAACGAGUCUUCAUCAUACUAAUUUGAUACGUCUACGAGAAUUUAUUCGUCCAAAUCAAAAAGAAAAAUUUGACGAUAUCUAUAUGGUAAUGGACUUGUACGAUACCGAUCUUCACCGAAUUAUUCGAAGUAGACAAAGUCUGACAAAUGAACAUUACCAAUACUUUAUGAUUCAAGCAUUUCGAGGUCUAUGCUAUUUACAUACUGCAAAAGUUAUGCAUCGGGAUUUGAAGCCAAGUAACUUGCUCGUAAACGCUGAUUGUGCCUUGGCUAUUUGUGAUUUUGGGCUUGCUCGAGAUGAUCAGUGGACAGCAUCUGCCGCUCUCACAGAAUAUGUCGUGACACGGUGGUAUCGCCCUCCUGAAGUAUUAGGAAUGGGAUCUCAUCAGUACACAAAUGCUGUAGAUGUUUGGAGUCUUGGUCUUAUUUUUGCCGAAUUGAUGGUAGGUAAAACAUUAUUACCUGGAUCUGAUUAUAUUCGACAAUUAAUUAUGAUUGUGCAUUUACUUGGGACCCCAAAUGUUGAGGAUAUGGAAUUUCUUAGUGAUGAAGCCAGAUGUUUUCUUCUUGCUCAACCAUAUCAGAUGGCUCGACCAUUUACUGAACUUUUUCCAAUGGCAACUCCUGAAGCAGCAGAUUUGCUUUCGAAACUUCUGGUAUUUCACCCUGCAAAGAGACUUACGGCAAAGGAUGUAAUGGAACAUCCAUAUUUUGCGAGAUUUAGAGAUGCUAAAGAGGAUGCCAUGGCGAAGGAACCUUAUGUAUGGCGACAUAACGAGGAGUUAACACUGGAAUCCCUUCGAGAGGAGAUGUGGCGUAUCAUUGUGGAGCAUUCACCCGAACCAUAA